AAUAAACUAGUCUUCAUAUCCACCUACUUAUCCCAUCCCUCGUCAUCUCUCUAAGCUCCAUAUUUCUACUGCUUUAUACUGAAAAAAUCUUCAUCUUAUCACACUUCAAUACAGAAAUGGCUGCUAAACGGUUUUUUGAUGACUCCGAUACCGACCCAAACCAACCAAAUUACAAACGCAUCAGAACUACACCUUCUUUUGCUUCUGUCAUUAAAGAAGUGGUGAUGGUGAAAUUCUUAGACAACGUCUCUUCCGCCUUGGAACCUAUGCUCCGUCGAGUGGUUCAUGAAGAGGUGGAAAGUGGAUUAAGGCGUUACUCAUGUCGUACCAUAACGAGAUCUCCUUCACUAAGAAUCAAAGCUUUAGAACCAUCUAAUCUUCGCCUGACUUUCAAUAAAAAACUCUCUCCCACAAUUUUCACCGGCAGCAAAAUUGUCGCCGGCGACGGCCACAACCUCCAAAUUCUGCUGGUGGAUACAAGCGGCGAAGGCUUGGUUCCGACGGCUCUACCUUAUCCUAUCAAAGUUGAAAUCGUCAUACUCGACGGAGAUUUCAAUUCAAAACAAAAUGAUCAAACCAGCUGGACUCAUGAAGAAUUUAACAAAAGCAUCGUUAAGGAGAGAACCGGAAGGAGGCCAUUGCUUGCCGGUGAACUCAAUUUCACUAUGCGUGACGGCGUCGUUUCUGUUGGAGAAAUUGAAUUUACUGAUAAUUCGAGCUGGAUUCGGAGCGGAAAAUUUAGGCUUGGUGCAAAAUUGGUUCAAAUUGGAACAAGUCAAACUACUGUUCAGAUUACAGAAGCCAUUACUGAAUCUUUUAGGGUUAAAGAUCACCGCGGAGAAUUGUACAAGAAACAUUACCCACCAGCACUAGGAGAUGAAGUGUGGCGGCUUGAGAAGAUUGGAAAAGAUGGAACUUUUCAUAAGAAGCUGUCUUCAAAUGGAAUCAACACUGUACAAGAUUUCUUGAAGUUGGCCACUGUUGACACACCAAAGCUUAGAACUAUACUAGGAAGAGGAAUGUCAGACAAAAUUUGGGAUGCGACAUACAAUCAUGCAAAUAGUUGUGAGAAGGGAUCUAAGUUAUAUGUGGCCAGUGGAGCAAACUACACUCUAUUUCUUAGUCCAAUAUGUCAAGUUGUUAGGGCAAUCAUUGAUGGCCAGAUUUGCCCUACCCGUGAUUUAACUGGAAUACAAAGGGCCAAUAUUCAGAAUUUGGUGAAGUAUGCUUAUGCCAAUUGGAGUUCCUUAGAAGAAGUUGAUGCUCGGGUGAAUGGGCCGCCACUGCUAACUCAAGGAGAAACAGUGGUGGAUCAAUAUCCAAAUGUUCUUUAUCAGCAGCUGCGAUCCUAUCAACUGAACGCAAUUUUAACAGAUGCAUCAGAACAGUUAGUUGAUUGCAACAAUGAUUGGAUUGAUAGUUCUAGCUACAUUUUCACGCCUGCUGAUCAUAAUGGUGGUUUCUGAUAAUGGACAACUACGUUGACUUUUUUUUACGCUAUCGAUGUUAACUUCUUCUAAAAAGAAACUCUCAAGGAAUGAAAUUUAUGCAUCACGUUCAUGUACAUAUUGCGUAGAAUCCUCAUUUUGCCCAAUAAGGGGCUGAAAAAUGUUGUAGAAGUCGUGCCAACCCCUUUGUAAAAGAUAUGUGUGGUUUGGCAAUAGUACAAGUCUAGCGGUUGUUGAUCAAUUUUACCUGAAUGACCAAAUGCAAUUAUUUAUUUAAGUA